GGGCGCGCGAGGGACGGGCGGAGCGGGCCGGCCGCCGUGAGGGGAGAUGUCGGCUCGGGGCGGCUUCGGCGACCCUCAGCUUCUAACCCGGCGCAUCCCCUCGAAUCCCAAGUAUCAGCAUAUAAAAACUCGUCUGGAUACUGGAAAUAGUUUGUCAAAAUACAUGGAAAAAUUGGAAGAGAUCAAAAGAAAUUACAGGUAUAAAAAGGAUGAGCUGUUUAAAAGGCUGAAGGUGACAACUUUUGCUCAAUUGGUUCUCCAGGUCGCCUCUCUGUCCAAUGAAACCUUAGAAGUGACAAAUGAGGAGCUGCACAGGCUGCCAGAUGCUGAUGCUGCAGGUGACAAUGCAGAGGGGACAAAUGGCAAAGGGAGCCCUGAGGGGACACCCAGCCCUGUCCUGUUCCUGAACAACUCUGGAGCUGGGGAAUCACACCGCUCCACCCUGCAGAGUGUGAUCAGUGGGGUUGGGGAGCUGGACAUUGAGAAGGAUUCUCCAAAGAGAGAGGACAGCCAGGCCAGGGAGAGGCCUUACCCUGACUGCCCCUUCCUGCUGCUGGACGUGCGGGACCGCGACGCCUACGAGCAGUGCCACAUCGUGGGGGCUUAUUCCUACCCCAUUGCAACCUUAUCCAGAACCAUGAAUCCGUACACAAAUGAUAUUCUGGAAUAUCCAGGCAGCCACAAUGCCCAUGGGAAAAUCAUCAUCGUGUACGACAACGACGAGCGCCUGGCGAGCCAGGCGGCCACCACCAUGUGUGAGAGGGGCUUUGAGAACCUCUUCAUGCUCUCUGGGGGCCUCAAGGUCCUGGCCCAGAAGAUCCCAGAGGGUUUGAUCACGGGCACCCUGCCUGUGUCCUGCCAGGUGCCAGCUCCCACGGGCACUGCCCGCAGGAAAACAGCUCCCAGGCUGCCACCCACCCCUGCAGAGAACAAAUGGAGGUUUUCUGCUGAUGAUCUGCAGAAGUUAAGGCAUUACCUGGCUGAGGAGCAGAUUCCUUCAGACACUGCCAGCCGCCUUACCCGGGGUAGUUCAGGCCACGAUUCCAGACUCUCAUCAGUGAGGAGCCACCCCAGCACUGCUGGCACCCUGGGAUCCCUGAGCAGCCGCUCCCAAAGCAGGACCAGCAUCCAGAACAGGCCCUGGAAAUAAAGGAGUAAUCCAGGUUUUUGGGAAUGCUGGGCAGUGCAGCCCCUUUGUGGUUUUAGGAAUCGGCAGGGAAAAGCAGCCAUGGUGAGAACUGGCAGCUGGGGUAAGGCUGGGCAGUGCAAUGAUGUUUCCUACAAACAUCACUGGAGGAGCAGGGCAGGACAGAGGAGAUAGAACUGGUUUUGUAGGGGAGGGAGAAAACUGGGACCAGUAGAAACUGUUCCACAAAGGUUUUUAGUCCAGCUGAAGAAUUUUGUGUCUGUAACAUUCCCAGGCUGUGCCUGGAGCUGUGUGUGUGAACAGGCCACAGAUCAUUUGGUGGUUUUAGCAGAGAUAAAGGCAUUCAGCAUCUUGCCAAAAGUGAGGGAAGAUCCUGGAAGGGUUGUUUGUUUGUUUUUUUUUAAUAAAUUAUGAUAAUGAACAGAAGUAUUUGUAAUGAAGAUGUUUUUUAUUGCCCACUUGGUGCUGUGACAGUCGUGCUUGUGUGGACACUUUGUGAAUAGUUGUGUCUUUUUCAAGGUGAGCUGGAGGAGAAUAACUGGAAUUUUUUUCCUCAGUGACUCCUUUGCCAGAGGUUUUUUAGAAGCUUCUUUAGGGUGGUUGAAGAAAAAUUUGCUGCUAUUGCUUCACCAGGGUCCCUAAAACCCAGCAGGGACCUGGAAUGUGGAGCUGAACAGGGUGAAGGUUUCCUGGAAAAUGAGUAGCACAGUUUUCCAUGAAUUGGUGCUUCUGGAUAACCUGGGAACCCUCUGAUUUUCCUGAUCUGGGACACUUAGGAGGUGAUUUUGGAGGGAUUCUGCUUUCCAGUUUUUCCAUCUGGCAUUGCUGUGCCUGCUCCUGCUUUGGCUAUCAUGGUCUCAUGGGAUUUGUGUGUAUUUCUGGAUUCAGUGGGUUUUUUUCCCCUUUUGGAAACUGACAAUCUUCAACACAUCCCAAAACUCUCUGGUGAUUUUGGGAUCAUUCUGGUGAAAAGACAAAAAGUAGGAGAAAUGGCACAUAAUUUCCAGUUUGGCACCUUAGGACUCGACAUCUCUGAGCACGUUUAUCAUUUAUUGUGUCUCUGAAUGUAAACUCAGACAAUUCUGAUUGCAGGGCUGGCAGGAUCAGUCUGAUAAGGUCCUUCUGCUGUGGGAGUAGAUUUUUCCAGCUCCAUGAGCUCUUGGAAGUGUCAUUGCAUUGGCUAAAAUCCUGAUUUUGCUAUCCAGCUGUGGGAGACAGAUCCAGAAUCCCUGGCUGCUCUGUGCUGCGUGAAAACCUCCUGGCAAAACAAAACUGGCCUGAGCUGUUUGAAAUCCUCCAAAUCCAAGGAAUCAAAGCAAGGACUGGAUGUACUUUCCCACCAUCUCGAUGGAUUUGUGUGGAUUUGGACUCUUGGUGUUGUUUGGAGCAGAGUCAAACUCCGUAGAGGCUGAGAGGUUUAAUUGAUUAAUUUAAUA